AUGUCGUGGAGAGCCCUGCUGAAGGGCCCCGCGGUGCCCCACGACCAGCCCCAGGGAGGGCCCAGGGCGGCAAGGGCCCGGCAAGGGCCCACCAAGGGCCCCGCGAACGACGGGGCCGCCCCGAACCACACCAGCAUCCCAUUCCUCGCCACGAGCCCCGGGAAGGACCGAGUAGUGCUGGUGUACAGCGACAAGAUAGAAGUUAGAGCUAAGCACCCCGCCAUCGAGCCGGCCCACGAGGAGGAGCUGGCGGACUCGGCGCUGCGGCUGCAGACGGCGCGCUCCCCGCUGGGCAGCGAGCCCCUCACGUCGCGGGCCUCGCUCAACGCACUGCACCAGCACGCCACCAUCAACUCGUCCGGGUCCGCGUCGGUCGUCGUCAACCUGCCGUCGUCGUACGACGCGGCCUCGGAGCUGGACCAGCAGCCGCAGUCGCCGCCGGGCCAGGGCAUGCACGCGGGCCCGUCCGGCGACCAGCGCGACCAGCACCAAGUGCGCAUCUCCUCCUUAUGA